AUGGCAAUCGAGAUCCAAGGCACGGCCGACGCCGCGUUUGAGGGUCUGCGCACGUUGAUGCAGGAGCAGGUCGCCUCGGGAGAGGAACUCGGCGCUUCCAUCGUCAUCAACGUCGCCGGCAAGAACGUCGUCGACCUGUGGGGCGGAUAUGCGGAUGAAGGACGCACGCAGCCAUGGACCAAGGACACCAUCACCCACAUCUGGUCGUCGACCAAGACAGUGGCCGCUCUGGCAACCCUGAUCCUCGUCGACCGCGGUCUGUUGGACCUCGAGGCCCCCGUAUCCAAAUAUUGGCCCGAAUUUGGGGCCGAGGGCAAAAAGGACGUCGUGUUGGUCAAACAUGUGCUGUCACACACCUCGGGCGUGUCCGGGUGGGAGAAGCCGAUGACGAUCCAGGACCUCUACGACUGGGACAAGGCGACGUCGCGCCUGGCAGCCCAAAAGCCCUGGUGGACGCCGGGGUCCGGGUCGGGGUACCACUCGCUCAACUACGGCCAUUUGCUGGGGGAGCUGGUGCGGCGAGUCACCGGCAAGUCGCUCAGGGACUUUGUGCGCGAGGAAAUGGCCGGCCCGCUCGGGGCGGAUUUGCAGAUCGGUGCCGCCGAGAAGGACUGGCCGCGCAUCUCGCCCGUCGUGCCUCCGCCCCCAUCGGGCUUCGACCUCAGCAAGAUGGAUCCCGAGUCGAUCAUGGCCAAGACCUUUGGUACUCCGCUCGUCGAUGCCGCCUACUCUUGGACCCCGGAAUGGCGCCGUGCCGAGAUCCCCGCGGUCAAUGGCCACUCCCACGCGCGCGGCCUGGCUCGCAUUCUCUCGUCGAUCACACUGGGAGGGUCGGUUGACGGGGUCAAGCUCUUGUCGCCGGAGACCAUUGAACGCAUCUUUGAGGUCCAGGCCGACGGCGUAGAUCAUGUGCUGAGCAUCCCCAUGCGCUAUGGUAUCGGCUUCGGCCUGGCCGGUGGUGCUUCAGCACAGUCUGUGGGCUGGCUGCCUUCGGGGAAGGUCUGUUUCUGGGGCGGCUGGGGCGGCAGUCUCAUCGUCAUGGACCUCGAUCGCCAAAUCACCUUCUCGUAUGUCAUGAACAAGAUGGGCAUGGGCAUCCUCGGCUCCACGAGGACGGAGGCAUAUAUCAAGGUCGCCUACAAGGCGCUGGGCGUGGAAGGGUAUUGA